GCAUGGAGGCGUCGCACUGCGGGCCGGGGCGGCGCGGGGACAGUGCCUUUGAAGAUGAGUCUCUGAGGCUUCGCCAGCUCCGACUGGACAAUCAGAGGGCGCUGCUGGAGAAGAAGCAGAGGAAGAAGCGCCUGGAGCCCCUCAUGGUGCAGCCCAACCCUGAGGCCCGGCUCCGCAGGCUGAAGCCCAGGGGGAGUGAGGAGCAGACGCCCCUGGUGGAACCUCAGAUCCUGCACCAGGACGUGGUCCUCCACGGCAUUGAUGGACCAGCCGCCUUCCUGAAACCAGAGGUUCCCGAGUCAGAAAGCAGAGUGCACGUGCUCUCCAUGAGCUCUUCCACCCCUGACGAAGACCCAGAAGGCAGUGUGAAUGAGGAGAGCGCUUCGCCCAAGCCAGACCUGCAGGAGAUCCUGCAGAAGCACGGUAUCUCCAGUAGUUUGAACUUCGACGAGGAGGAGUCCGAUGGUGAGGAGGAAGAAGGGAAGAAAACAGGUUUCCAGUCACCGCACUCCGAAGGGGAGAGACCCAGCUCUGCGUCCUCACCAGAGCCAGCCUCGGACCCGGGCGCUUCCGGUUCCGCAGCCCCGCAGGCUGAGCCGCAGCUGGGGGAGGUGGAGAACUUGGAGGACUUCGCCUACAGCCCCGCCCCGCGGGGCGUCACGGUCAAGUGCCGCAUCACCAGAGACAAGAAAGGGAUGGACCGCGGCCUCUUCCCCACCUACUACAUGCACCUGGAGAAGGACGAGAGCCGCAAGGUGUUUCUCCUUGCAGGUAGGAAGCGGAAAAAGAGCAAAACAUCCAACUACCUGAUCUCCAUUGAUCCCACGGAUCUGUCUCGUGAAGGGGAGAGUUACGUAGGCAAGCUCAGAUCCAACCUCAUGGGGACCAAGUUCACUGUGUAUGACCACGGAGUCAACCCGGUCAAGGCCCAAGGGCUGGUGGAGAAGGCCCACACCCGACAGGAGCUGGCGGCCAUCUGCUACGAAACAAACGUGCUUGGAUUUAAAGGCCCCAGGAAGAUGUCCGUGAUCAUUCCUGGGAUGAAUCUGAACCACGAGCGGAUCCCGUUCCGGCCACGGAAUGACCACGAGAGCUUGCUGUCCAAGUGGCAGAACAAAGCCAUGGAGAACCUGAUCGAGCUGCACAACAAGGCCCCCGUGUGGAAUGAUGACACGCAGUCCUACGUGCUCAACUUCCACGGCCGCGUCACGCAGGCCUCCGUGAAGAACUUCCAGAUUGUCCACGGAAACGACCCUGAGUACAUAGUCAUGCAGUUCGGCCGCGUGGCGGAGGACGUGUUCACGCUGGACUACAACUACCCGCUGUGCGCGCUGCAGGCCUUCGCCAUCGGCCUGUCCAGCUUCGACAGCAAGCUGGCGUGUGAAUGAGGACGCCGGCGGGGGUGCUGCGCGUGCGUGCCGCUACGCGGGGCACACACACCUUCUCUGGACGCCACAAAGACUGGCAGGGAUCAGGGUUCAGCCUGAAAGAGAGACGGGAGCGCAGAGCUUCUUCUUGUCUAGGUGGGGGGAGAUUCCCACAGCUGGGGCCGUAGCUCAGUGGUUUGAGGGCUUGCCUCCUACGUGCAAGGGCCUGAGUUCAAGCCCCCCCCCCCCCCCCCCCCCCCCCCCCCCCCCCGGCUGCACUGGGAGCGUUGAACAGGGAGGCGGUUCAGGUUCUUAGGAUUCAGUCCUGGCUUCACUUUUCUCCUGCAGUCCUUUCCAGACGGUCUGGAGAGCCUCUAGUCCUCAGGGCAAGCGUUGCCUUUAGCGGCCGGAUAGUGCCUAUUUCAGAUGUGCACAUCUGCCUUUGUAGGGCAGAAGCAGCCACAAGCAACUCAUGCAGGAAUGAAUGAACACGGCGGUGUUCCAAUAAAACUUUAUUUCCAAAGCAGGUGGGCGGGCCCCAUGUGGCCAGCGGGGCCCUCCCUGGCUGGCCGUGGGUCAGGUGUGUAGCUCCUCACCUUCACGUACACUACAUGUGUGUGCACGCACGCACGCACGCACGCACACCAGCAUCUUCCAGGUGGGCCUGCAGGUGCUGGCCACGGAGACCGCGCAAGUCUCGGGAACCGCCAUUUUCCAGUUCAAUCUUGCGAUGCUCGUUCGCUGUCCCCCUGGGUGGCCCUCGCUGUGUCCACCACAGGCCUUGAGUGUCAUCUGCCAUUGGCUCUGAGCAGCCCAAAGUCCGUCCAUUUCAAGUGCCCACAAGGGACUGGAUCCUGCCACCCCCGCAGCUCGCUCCUGCGGCCCAGAGAAGGCUUAACCCCCCCCACCAUGUCCCCGUCCUCCUGUCCCCCCAGACACAUGGGGGGAAGGACACCCAUGUCAGCAAAGGAGGCUGUGGCCGUGCGUGAUCCGUGACAAACAUUUGAUUGUCUUAAUCGCCUGUGUUUUGGGUUACGCCCAAAGCACUCACUAUUCAGGGGACCCUCCCCCCC